AUGGCCCCCAAGGACUCCAAGAAAGGCGGUGCCUCCAAGGCGCCCAAGGGCACCAAGCAGGCCAACAACGCUGCCAAGGCUACCCUCAAGGGUGCCCACGGUCACUACAAGAACAAGGUCCGCUACACCACCUCGUUCCACCGCCCCAAGACCCUCGUCGUCUCGCGCGCGCCCAAGUACCCCCGCAAGUCGGUCCCCCACGAGCCCCGCCUCGACGAGCACAAGGUCAUCGUCCACCCCCUCAACACCGAGUCCGCCAUGAAGAAGAUUGAGGAGAACAACACCCUCGUGUUCAUCGUCGACGUCAAGUCCAACAAGGCCCAGAUCAAGCAGGCCCUCAAGAAGCUCUACGACAUCGACACCGUUAAGAUCAACACCCUGAUCCGCCCCGACGGCUCCAAGAAGGCCUACGCCCGUCUCACCCCUGAUGUCGAUGCUCUUGACAUCGCCGCUACUAAGCUUGCCCUCGUUUAA